AUGGAAGCAACUGCAGAAUUUCCACAAUCCUUUGUUCGGCCAUGGAAAGAACUACUUCAAUCGCAUCGCGACGAGCAACAGGAUGACUUCCCGAGCUACUACGUCAACAACGUUGACUCUCUCAUCACGACCAGCUCGCCCAAGUCUUUAUACGUGGGAACAGGCCACUCCAUCUACACGCGCGCUCUACUUCCAGCUAUCCUGAGCGCCAAACACAGCGUGCAGCUUAUUACAUGCUAUUGGGCUGCGUCUCCUUCUCUCGACUCUAUUCGCGACACUCUUGAACAGCUUGCGGCGGCACGUGUUGAGGCCAAGAUCCAAACUCGUCUACAUAUUACGAUUGGCUUUUCAUCUUUUGGACUAUUCCAGAAGCUGUUCCAUCCUGCGUCCCGUGAUGGGUACAUUUACGAACCCUCCAAGUGGUCCAAGCUGGGUCUCCCGGAUCAACUGUUGCUACAGAAUGCGGGUAUCGAUCUCACCGUCAAGAGCAUCUUCUUCACGCCUCUAAGUGUUAUGCAUCCCAAGUUUGUCAUUGUUGAUGGGGAAAGGGCCUGGAUUCCCAGCUGUAACGUCAGUUGGGAGCGAUGGUUCGAAGGUUGCGUCGAGGUUGAGGGUGCCAUCGUUGAUCGACUCUUGGCCUUUUACGACCGUGUUUGGGCACAGGGCGACCAACCUCGACAGAUAUCAGAUGCCCCAAACGACACAAGUAGAGACAAUGCACCUCGAUUACCAGUUAGCAAUGCAGUAUCGGCAACGCAGUCAAUCGAGUUUCCUGCCAACGGCUUAGUGCCAACCAUCUUCCUCCCGUCGCCGCAUCAUCGCAACCCCAGAUUCUCAUUCACCUUUCCCUUUCUAUCGCAAAAAGACCCCCCGAUGACACCGCUCAAUGCAGCUCUACUUACACUAUUCAACAAUGCUCAGCGACGAAUCACCAUCCUCACACCAAACGUUACUUCAUGGCCCGUUGUCGAGAGCCUGCUGGAUGCGCUCGCUCGUGGAGUCGAUGUUCAGAUCAGGACAAGCAAAGGUAUGAUGCUUAUCGAGCAGCUCGUCACAUCUGGUACGACGACAGCCUGGUGUCUGCGCAAGUUCAUCCAAAGAUAUAACGCUCUUGUCAACCAGCCACGAUCAUCAGACCCAGAGACGCAAGCACCCACGCCUGGCAAAUUGGAGAUCUUUUAUUACAAACAGCUCGACGCUAGACGUGAUCAAGAUGACGAACCGGUUGUGAGUCACUUCAAGAUGACUCUUGUGGAUGAUGAGUAUCUGGUACUAGGUUCUGGUAACAUGGACAGAGCUAGUUGGUGGACAAGUCAAGAAAUUGGUCUAUUGUUCUAUGUCCCUGGCUUCCAAGAUUGA